ACAGCUGGUCUUGAGCAACAACUGAAAAUGUGGAAGAACGUAGCGACAUAAAUUGCAUGCGUGAUAUGCGGAGGUGAGCACUCCGUUCAUCAUGAUGUGGCGACUGAACGCUUCGGGACUGGAUCGGGACCGAUUGCAUCUCCUGUUGAUUGUUUACAUCGAUCUCUGCUGUCUCGGAGACGGCCUUUAUGUGACGGACUACUUCACCCGUACUCCUCGGAAGCUGAACGCCUUCCGGUCCUUCGCCAGCGUGGAGCUGUUCCACUUCAAUGUGCCUGACGACACCGUGGUCGCUGUCUGGAACCUCAUCACGUUCAAGGAGCAGGGCGGCACGUUUGGAGACAGCUGUCCCGACCACAAUGUGACCGUGUAUUUCCGAUCCGGGGCCCCACCUGUAAUAAAUCCCCUCCAUACCCGAUUCCCCCACGACACUAUCGUCCCCAAUGUGUUUGCCAUCACCCUGACGUGGACGCUGCCCAACCGGACAACUGGAGUCUUUAACGUCACCAGUCCCCUUCCUGGGGACUGGUUUCUAGCUGCACAUUUACCAAAGGAUGAGGGGAAGAUUUCUGUCAAGGGACUCUAUGAAGAAUGCCAAUACCUCUUUCAGCCCCAGCUCAUUGUCCAGAAGCUCAUUGGUAUUUCAGUGCUGUACCCUGGAUACUUCAUAGAUCAGAUGAUCCCGGUUCACAACAGAUCAGUGCUAUACAAGGUAUUCAUUCCUAAUUACAUCUCCCAGCUGAAAGUACAGCUGGCUAACUGUAGCACGAGAAACAGAAGUUCAGAGACCUGCCCAUUGCUGCUGAAGAUGAGGGCCAGAGCACCCCCACUUCACAACUCUUCUUCUGUGGACUGCCAGCAGCAGAGCCUCUGUGAGCUGGAUAUGCCCCUGCACUCCUGGGAGCAGUGGUACUACAUCCUGGUGGAGCGGUACCGCGGGAAUGUCGAUGUCUACUUCCGCAUCACAGUCCGGGUCAAAGAUUGCUCCAAAGCUGCCACACCAAAGGGAUCCGUAGCCUUCAACAUGCCUCAGUCAUAUGGCAACGCUAUGGGCUCCUCGUGGUCAGACACGCUCCCGGUGUCAGGCCUGCCCAGUCUGUCCUGGAACGGCUCGGAGCAGAACCCCUUCCUUCUGUCCGGGGACAGCAUAGCCUACCUCGGCCCCAUGACAGGCACCAACACGUGCUGGCCCAUUCGGCCGACCCUACGGAACGAGCUGGACACCUUCUCCGUGCACUUUUACAUCUUCUACGGGCCCAGCAUCUCCGUGCCCCCCGACAGGGCCACUGUGUUCGCCAUUAACCUGCUGCCCGUGCUGGACAGCGGGGGCGUCCUCAACAUGGAGGUCAGGCUCAACGUGUCUUCUCUGAAAGAGGAGAACAUCACAGUAUUUGGCUGCCUGAAUCAUGGAAUGCCACUUUCAUUGCCAGAUAACUCCACAGCAAAAUGCAAAUCAGAGUCUGUGACAGGGUUUGCCCUCUCUGUCAAUGGCACCUCCAAUGUCACGAAACUGAGGAUUCCGUACCCACAGACGGGCACCUGGUACCUGAGUCUGCGCUCCCUCUGUGCCACUGAUCAUGGGUUUGAAGCAUGCAGCAAUGUGACAGCUGAGGUUUACCUGCGUACCUACCUCACUCCCUGUAUAAAUGACUGUGGGACGUAUGGACAAUGCAAACUCCUCCGCACCAACAACUACCUGUACGCAGCUUGUGAAUGUAAAGCAGGCUGGAACGGCUGGGGGUGCACGGAUAACUCGGAGGCGUACAGCUACAGAUUCCAGCUGCUGUCCACCCUCCUGCUGUGCCUCAGUAACCUGAUGUUCGUCCCUCCUGUGGCCAUCGCCAUCCGCAGCCACUACCUGCUGGAGGCCUCGGUCUACAUCUUCACCAUGUUCUUCUCCACGUUCUACCAUGCCUGUGACCAGCCAGGUAUUGUGGUCUUCUGCAUCAUGGAGUAUGACGUCCUGCAGUUCUGUGACUUCCUGGGGUCGCUAAUGUCUGUGUGGGUCACGGUCAUCGCCAUGGCUAGACUCAAGUCUAUCAUCAAACAGGUGCUGUACUUGCUGGGGGCGAUGUUGCUGUCCAUGGCGCUGCAGCUAGACAGACACGGCCUGUGGAAUCUCCUGGGCCCCAGCCUCUUUGCCCUGGGGAUCAUGACCGUUGCUUGGACUGUUCGCACUGUCCGAAGGCGGCGCUGCUACCCUCCCACCUGGAAGCGCUGGGUGUUCUACCUCUUCCCGGGGACGGUGAUCGCCACCUCCGCUGUGGGCCUCUACACCUUCGUGGAGACGGAGGAGAACUACUUCUACAUCCACAGCAUCUGGCACAUGCUGAUCGCCGGCAGCGUGGGCUUCCUGCUCCCGCCGCGCGCCCGGCCGGACACGACUCUCACCCCGCUGCAGAGGCGGAGGGGCUGCGGGUACCAGCUGUGCAUCAACGAAAACGAGGAGAUGGGCCUGGUGGACCCGGCCGUGGUCACGGUCAACAGCAUCUGCACCAGCUGAUGCUCCCGCGCACACAAACAUUCCGUUGCCUUCUUUUACUUUGGAAACAAGCCAGAGAACUUGAAACUUUUCAAUUCAAUUGAGGAAAAAAAAAGAUAUUAUUUUAAUAUACUUUUAAUUUCUAUCAUUAUUAUUAUUAUUAUUAAUAUUUUGGAUGCUUGGUGUGAAUAAUGAAGGACUGUUGUUUUAACAUACCCUCAAUGAGCGCUUUAUUAGGUAUUUAUUACACUUUUUUACUUGUUGGUCUUCUGCUGCUGUAGCAUAUCCGCUUAGAGGUUUGAUACUGUGUUCAGAGAUGCUCUUCCGCAUGCCACUGUUGUAAUGCGUGGUUAUUUGUAUUACUGUCACCUUACUGUCAGCUUUGACCUGUCUGGUCCUUCUCCUCUGACCUCUCUCAUUAACAAGGCCCUUUCUGAGAUACUCACCACCCUGUCUGGCACCAGCAAUCAUUCCAUGGUCACUUAGAUCACAUUUCCCCAUUCUGACCAACAGAUGAACCUCUUGACUAUGUCUGCAUGCUUUUAAGGAUUUAGUUGCUGCCACAUGAUUGGCUGAUUAAAUAUUUGCGUUAACAAGCUGGUAUACUGGUCUCCCUAAUAAAGUGGUCACUGAGUGUAUGUUCAUUUCUUAAAGUUUGGUGAAUACUGCUGCUAAGUCACAGUGAUCGUGUGAUUGUUAUAUAAUUUACUUACUGUUUUGCCAAAAGAAAACUAAAACCUGGGGUCAAUCACAAUUUUUCUUUACUGAGAACUACUAUUGUAUAAAGUAUUGAUAUUUAUUGACAAAUGUACUUUGGUUAUUCCUGCAAAAACUGAUUCUUUUGUUAAAAAUUGUAUUUGCAAUGGAAAAUGUGACACGUGUGCUCACAUGUAUUUGUCAGUUAAAAAUAUGGACAUGAGGAAUCCUGGGGUAAAUUUUAUUUGGUUUAUGAAACAAAAAAAAUGGAAGGAAAAUUUCUUAAGAAAAUUCUUAAUAAAUGUAUCUUUUGCACUGAGACACAAAAAUGUGAACCUAUUCUGUGAUGUGUUUGGCUUUCUGUUCAGUUGCACUUUAUUGUGAUUUAUGAAUCUAGUUUUUAUACAAGGGAAGGGGACAGAAAGCAGCUGGAGAAAUCCAGUAAUGGGAUAGUGUGUGGGUAUUAAUUACAUGUACUGUAUAUCUUGUGUAUUCCUGUUUUAAGGGAAUGCAGAUGUGUUUACACAUAAAACAACAAUGCAACAUCAGUCUCAGUUUCUUUGCUAGUGUAGUUUAAAAUAUAUAAUAAAAAUCACUUGUACUGCAUCAGAGUGGCAGAGCAGGAAGGCUAAAUCUCCACUCUGAAAUCAGAGCAAUGUAACCUGGUAAAUAAUUGAAAAGGCCACCUAACAGACUAGAGAGUGGGUCAUUUUAACAGUUAUAAUAUAAAGACUUUUUUAAAGUCAGAAUAUAUAUUCAUACAAUUAUAAAUACUAUGAAAGUUAGUAAGGAAAAGUGAGUAUGGAUUUGAGUCACUUUUUAUAACCAGUGGAGUCCACGUUGAAGGAUGUCGUUGACUGUGAGGUCAAAUAUAGUUUUUUUCCUGAAAUGUGUAUUAACGCUUAAUCCGACAUUAAUUUUAACAAUUCCAAAUAUGGAAGAAUGUCUUGUUUGUAGUGUAAAAUGUGUUUCUAUGUUUAAAAAUAUAUAUUGUUUGAAAUAAAAAGAAAAACUAUAA